CUGGCUAUCGAAGUAUCGAACCGUUCCAGUCGUCCCGUCGACGGCUCGCUCUCGCGGUGCUCGAAGACAAGUGUUACACCGUCGUGCUGGUGUUGCGAUUUCCGACUGCACUCUGUGAAGUCAAAACUCGCCCGUGUACACAUCACUCGCUUGUCGUGCCGCAUCCCGAGAACCAAAGUUCUCUACUGACGACGACGACGACUCCCACGGUAUGCGACCGUCGACAUCGCCGUUCACCAGCGUCCAGUCCGCGAACACCUGACGUAGAAAUCCAAAUUCCAACUAAACACGAAAGCCAGCAACCUCAUCACCACUGCGAACGGACGCGCGUUCUCCCGUCCGGGCAGGGUUGGCCGCUGUGCUCAAUCACCAACGAACGGCCGGCGACACACCGGUCGGACGACUAGUGACUAAUACAUAAUGAGAAACCGGAGUAGAUUUACAAGUCAAUCUGAUCAAUCUGAUGAUCAAAUUUUCACACCCGUGGUUCAUACAAGGUCUAAAUUUUCAUCCAUGCAUCAUACACGUGGAAGUAGUGAUCGCCAUGAAGGAGAUGAUUCAAACAAUAUAGAAGGAACCAGGAGAAGUACCAGAAAACGAAAAUUAAGAUAUGAAAAUUAUAGUGACACUUGGAUUGUUGGUUCUCAAGCACUUAAAGGUUAUCCAAACAUGGUAAAUGAAGAUGGAGAUGUUCAACGUAGAAUCACAAGAAAUUAUAGAUUGAAACAAGUAGUAGAUGAUGAUGAAGAGGACGAUGAAGAAGAUGAUGAUGCUAAUGCUAAUACUGAAGUUAAUGCAGAUAAUCAAGAAAAUGAAGAAGAAGAAGAAGAAGAAGAAGAAGAAGAAGAAACCAAUCAUAACUCAUCACAAAGUAAUGAUUCUAAACAAGAAGGUAAACAUGUCUCUAUUUCAACUGAAAUUAAUGAUAGUCGUCCAAGAACAAGGAGAGCUGUAGCUGAAGCAAGUGAUAAAUCUAAUGACCAAAAUGUUGACAAUGUUGAUUUAUAUACUCGUAUAAAACGCACACGAAAUAAAAAUCAAGCUAAACCUAAUAUUGCCACGGAACAAAGCAGUGAUGAAUCCAUGAGUUCUGAAGAGUUGAAUAACUUGAAUAUUGAAGACUAUUUAACAUCUAUUAAUAAGUUAAAUGGCAAAAAAAAAAGAAGGACUAUAAGAUUAAGGCAAUGCAGCAUCAGACAAUCCAAUCGACCAAGGUAUUAUAGAUACAGUUUGCGUAAGAUUAAACCUACUGUCCAAAGAUUUCAAAUACAUUCUGAAAAAAAUACAAGAGCUAUAAAAACUCCUUCAAAAAUGGUGAACGGUCCGAGAAAACGUCGUUCUUCGUCUUCAUCUGAUUCAAGUUCCUCUGGUAUAUCUGAUAAUGAUUUAGAGACAUCUGUCAACCAAACUCAAGUUAUUAAAAAACCCAAAGGGCACACAAGAGAUGAUAAAAUUAAAAAUAAAAAUAAAACCUCUUUAGAAGAUAUUAAACCAAUUGUAGUUGACAGUGGUAUUGGUUUUGAUAAUAUUGGUGGUUUACAAGAACACAUUGACUGUCUUAGAGAAAUGGUUGUUUUCCCGAUGAUUUAUAGAAACGUUUUUGAAAUGUUUGAACAACAUCCAGCAAAAGGAGUGAUUUUCCAUGGACCACCUGGAACAGGCAAAACAUUGCUUGCUAGAGCAUUAGCCAAUGAAUGUAGUAAAGGUGGACAAAAAGUAUCAUUUUUUGUACGUAAAAGUGCUGAUGUUUUAUGCAAGUGGGUUGGAGAAUCAGAAAGACAACUUAGACUGCUUUUUGAUAAGGCCAAAGAAAUGAAGCCUUCUAUUAUAUUCUUUGAUGAACUUGAUGGAUUAGUACCAGUACGUUCAGGAAAACAAGAUCAAGUACAUAAUAGCAUCGUUACUACAAUGUUAGCUAUGAUGGAUGGAUUAGAAAACCGUGGUGAUGUCAUUGUUAUUGGUGCCACAAAUCGUAUUGAUUCUAUUGAUCCUGCUCUUAGGAGACCUGGACGAUUUGAUAAAGAGCUUUAUUUUCCUCUCCCAACAGACAAAGACAGAUUACAAAUAUUACGUAUUGUAACUAGUAAAUGGAAAAAUCAUCCAGCAAAUGAAACAUUAGUAAAACUAUCAGAAGAAACUGUUGGUUACACAGGUGCUGAUUUGAAUUCUCUGUGUUCUGAAUCAGUAUUGCAGGCAUUAAAUCGUACAUAUCCACAAAUUUAUAAAACAUCAAAAAGACUUCUCUUAGAUUUAGAAAAGAUUCUGGUGAAACUUGAAGAUUUUGAAAAAGCUAUGAGUAAAAUUGUACCAACUACUGAGCGCAAUGUUGUACUAAAUCCUAAAAAGCUUCCAAGUUUUUACCGUCCAUUAUAUGAAGGUGUUCUGAAUGAUUUUAUAUCCUAUAUAAGUAAAAUCUUUCCAGAACUCAAAUCUCAAUCAAAUCAAAGACUGAGAGUAGCAAAAGCUCCUCGCCUUCUGGUUCACAGCUUAUCGGAUUCAAAAAAUGUUUUGGUUAUUCCAGCACUUCUACAGCAUUUUGAAAAUUGUUAUAGACAUACAUUAAGCUGUACAACAUUACAUAGCAAUUCAGCAUGUUCUCCUGAGGAAGCUAUUGUACAAAUUUUUAAAGAGCUUCCUAAGCAUCUUCCUGCAAUUUUAUUUAUUCCAAAUAUAGGUGAAUUUUGGUCCAGUUUAACAUAUUCAUUACAAAAACUGUUCUUAGAAUUAUUGGAAUCAUUAGAUAUUACUCUUCCUGUGUUUAUAUUUGCCACAUCACUUUAUGAUUUCAAGAAUUUACCAAACGAAAUAUCAUAUAUAUUUUCUAGUGAUAAAAGAAAAUAUUGUAUUCCCAAUCCAUCUGAAAAAGCUAUACAAUCGUUAUUCUAUCUGUUACUUGAUAAAGCUCUUACACCACCUAUUGUAGUUAAUGAACAACCAUUAGAAGAAUUACCUAUUGCUCCUUUACCUAGUCCUCCAAAACUAAGUGAAUCCGAAUUAAAAAAUAUUAUUUGUCAAGAAGAGAAUACGCUAAGAGAACUUAGAAUAUUUUUACGAGACAUUUGUGCUAAACUAGCUCGCAAUAAACAAUUUUUCAUGUUCACAAAGCCAGUUGACAUAGAAGAAGUACCUGAUUAUUUAGAUAUUAUCAAGGAACCUAUGGAUUUAGAAACUCUUAUGAGUAAAAUUGAUAAACAUAGCUACAUUUGUGCCAGAGACUUCUUAGACGAUAUUGAUCUUAUUGUAAGAAAUGCGUUGGAGUAUAAUCCAGAUAAAAGUGCAGAGGAUAAACAUAUUAGACAUAGAGCUUGUUCUUUAAGAGAUAAAGCAUAUGCUUUUAUCAAAGCAGAAAUGGACUCUGAUUUUGAAGAUACUUGUCGAGAUAUCAGAGAUAAACGCAAAAAGCGUAAUGCUACUGAAAUUGAACAAACUUGUGUUCCUGAUUUCGUACAUACUAUAAAGAAAGAACAUCAAAUAGUAGAUAAAGAUGAUCAUAAUGAAGAUAAUAAUGGUAGAAAGAAAAAACGUCGUAAUAUGUGGCAAAAAGGUUUAACCCCUAAAAAGAAAAAAUACUCAAAAAAUUCCAAAGAGCUUGAUGACAAUACAGUCAACGAGAAUACUAGUAAUCACACAGUUAAUGGAAUCGAAAGUCUUAAUGGAGCUGAUGAAAGUAGUAAUGAUAGCAACCAUUCUUUAGUAUGGGUGGACCGAUCAACUUCACCUAGUCCUACACCUAAUGAAACUAACCAAUUAGAGUUAUCAAUACCAGUCAUAAUCAAACAAGAACUUAAAAUUGAUAAAAACUUACUUAGUGCAUUCAUAUGUAAAGAUAUUAUGACAUUUUGGGAAAAAUUCGACAAUUAUAAUAUUGAUGAUGGAAUUAUCGAUUUGUUUUCAUUACUCGAUAAUAAAAUUAGUCAGUAUUUACAAAUAUGGGAUCGAUCCACCUUAGUGACGGAAUUAAAGGCAGAAUUUGAAGAAUUUAAACUUCAAUACAUUAAAGAUCUUGAAGAAAAGAAUUUAUAAAUAUGUAUUGUAUCUUACUGUACCAAACUGCCAAAGACAUUUUUAGUUAAACAUCAUAUUACAUGGUAAAUUAUGGUAAAUAGGUAUAUAUUUAAACUGUAUUAAUUUUUUAUUGGUCCUGAAUCAGUUUUAUACUGCCAUUUUAUUUUUUAAUUUAUCUGAUUAUUAUUAUUAUUUUAUUCUUUUUUAUACCGAAAUAUUAAAUUUCAUGUUUCCAUAAAUAUAAACUUGUAACUAAAAUGUUGUUGUAAUCUUAGGCAUGUUAUAAAUUUUAAUAAACUAACUGUGAAUAUA